CAGCACUAGCCAAAAUCCAAAAAGCUGUUGAAUAGUGCAUUAGAAAGAGCCCAAACUCUUUUAUUUAUAUUUUUUUUUUUACUGGUGGUAUCGAAAAUGUUGCUGGUGAUUUGCAUGGUGCUGGGUGUGAUUGUGUCGGGAUCAACCGGACAGCCACAUGCCCGUGCCAGUGAUCUCUACUACACGGACAUCACGCCGGUGAACGAUGACACCCGCUACACAGCCCUCAAUCCGGACACAAAGCUCAGCGAGAUGAACAAGGUGAAGCACUCCAAGGGCAACAUCGUGUUCACCUCGGGCGAGAGGACAUACGGUGAUCGGCUCAUUGUGAACCACUACGACGACGAGAACUUCGCCAGUGCCCUGGAUGUGGAGGUGCUGAUGAGCUAUCCGGCCGGAGCCAGCACCGGAGUCACGCUCACCAGCAUCGAGGUGUAUGUGGAUAUGACGGCGGACGAUGCCGGCGGAUAUCUGAGCAAAGGUGGCAUCGGCCAGACCAACGUGGAGAUCCUGCUCACCUCCAAUCAGACGCGGAGCUUCGUCUACGAGACCUUCAUCUACGGCUACUAGGCCUCCGGAACAUGCCUCCUCUGCUUCAACAAUAAAAGUUUCGCUUGGAACCAAACAACUGUGAUCAUGAACUCCAAAACCCUGCCCCACCUUUCGAGAGUAUUAUUAGUCUUAGAGACCUACCUUAUUAAAGAAUGAAAACUCAAACAGACUCCUGUGCCAAUCCACACAAAUUGUUUCGCUUGUCCAAAACCAUUCAAAGAAAAGAAAAAUAAAGUGUUCCUCUUUGGUUGGGCGCCCUAACGAAA